CCACGCAUUGUCAAAGCAGAGAGCUUCCUUCACUUUGUCUCAGCUCUUAGAGGGCAUCAUUCGCUUUCUGAAAGCAGACGGCUCAGCUGAGGGACUCUAAUCAAUAGAUAAUCUCUGGUCUGACAUAUAAAAAGCCGUCUGCACUUAAACGCCACUCUUCUAAAGUGAUUGGUUUUUGAUGCUGCUGCUUUCAUUUUUUAAAUCUUUUAUUUAGUUUCAAAUCUAACAGCAUCCUAUUUUUUCUUGCCUUCUUUUCCAGAGGCACAACAAUGUCUUCUGAGUUUACACCUACUAAGGUAGACGGAAAGCCAAAAUGCAAGAUUUCAGCCUCACGCAAGCUGUCGCUGAAGAUUCUUCUGCUGACUCGAGCAACGGAAGAGCUGGAGGCGGAGAAGGCUGCACGUGAGGAAGAGAAGGUUCGCUACCUGUCAGAGAAACUUCCACCUCUGCAACUCAGUAGUUUGAGCCUGGACCAACUACAGGAACUCUGUAGGGAGAUGCAUACAAAGACUGAUUUGGCGGAUGAGGAGCGGUACGACUGUGAGUCCAAAGUCAUCAAGAACAACAGAGAUAUCAAUGAGCUGAAGCUAAAGGUGCAGGACCUCGGAGGGAAAUUUAAGAAACCAGCUCUGAGGAAGGUGAGAGUGUCGGCAGAUGAGAUGAUGCAGGCUCUGUUUGGCUCCAAGACGAAGGGCUCCAUGGACCUGAGGGCCAACCUCAAGUCUGUAAAGAAAGAAGACAUCAAACAGGAGAAGGAGCUGACAAUGGAGGUGGGCGACUGGCGCAAGAACGUGGAGGCCAUGUCUGGCAUGGAGGGCAGGAAGAAGAUGUUUGCUGGUGGCGCCCAAUAGAUAUUUUCUACGAAGUGUUAAGGAGAUUAAGAAAAGAAAAGAAAAAGCUAAUAUAAUAAAAAUGGUAUAUUAUCAAAUAAUAACAAAUAAAGAAAAAAUUAUAAUAAUGCUAAUGCUUAAUUGCAGAAAUACUUAAAGGAAUUCAGUUACAUUACUUUGGUUCUCAAAGAGCCAAGUGAAUACACAACUGAUGCAUAAAUAAAUCUAUAAAUAUUACCUCAACUUUUGUGAUACUCACUGAUACUGAAAAUAGAUUUGAAGCAAAGGUAAAAUACAGUAACUUUCCGUGCUGGUACACCAGUUCCUUGAGUUUUACUGGUAGGAUGUUAAGAUUUGAUCUGUUUAGGACUGUAAUCUCACCGUACGUUUGACAUUGUCCUUUCACACAAUUCUGAACGUGCCUUGGUUGUUGUUCAUGUGACGUCUCCACUUAGCAAUUGACUUGCAGCCAGGAUAUACUUAGCCUUUCGUCUUGAGUGGAAUGAAUUCUCUGGUAAUGCAGAGUCACAGACACUCGCGCUCGUUCCUAGACUGACACGAGAUGGAGGCUGAAAGAUAAGGGGUGACAGGAUGCAGCCUUCAAAGAAUUUUGAGCGUGCGGGGCCGCAUUUGUGUACAUGCCGUACUGUGCCUGUGUGAAUGCCGGUGUAAUGUCAGACUGCAAUACUUUCAACAUGAAUUUAAUUUAAAAUAGUUUUAACUUCUCAUAUAAGAGCUCUGAAAUUAUGAGCCACCCCCUGGAAGAGUCCAUGUCUUUCAGGACAAGUCUGUGACUAGUCUGUAUGCUUUGCGCAUUAAAACCAUAUUGUCAGUCAGUGUCAGUUGCACACAAACAAGUGGGAGAUCCGUCAGAGACCUUCAUAAAUGUCAUUGUAUGUUGUUGGUGUGACAGGGUUUGCAGUCAAGUGAAUAAAACACACCAUUAAACAAAACCUA